CAGGCAGGAGGCGAACACGGAGGGGGAUAACCCUCGGGUGGCUAUGCAGUGUCUCCGGGGCCCUCCAACUCACACACUUUGAGUCAGUGGCAGGGAUCCUCUUGUCCCGAGGCCCCUGCAGGCGCGUGAGGGGGGUGGCUCGAGGGCGAGGGCGAGGGCGAGGGCGAGUUCCUCCAUGCCGGCGAGGGUCAGUGCCUGCGCAUCCCCGUCGCGCAGGCAGACAUUGCUGGGACGGAGCCGAUGCGAAGGAGAACUCCGCUUUUUGGCGUUGAUUUUGCCGCUAAGCCCCCCGCUGCCGCCUCUGUUUCCACACCCGAGACACCCUGGGAUACUGAAGAUGAUUUUACACGCCAAAUCUGCAUUAUGAGAUGGAAGGCACAUAGGCUGAGAUGAUGAGAAAGACAGUUAAAUCUCGGUCUACUGAGAGCUCUGCUGCUGCCGAGCGUUUAGCCGACUAUAAAGGAGAUGAGAAGAAGCCGUCAACCAGCUCACUGGGGUCUGGGGACAGCACGCAGGUCAAGGUGGUGCGGGUUAUGGUGGAUGACUCGAAGCCCAAACACACUUCCAAAAAGAACAGGCCAAUCCAAGCAGACCUCGACGUGUCCAAGGAGUUCAACAGAUGCAAAGAUGAUGGCGCCCUGCGGUUGGACCUUAGCAACUCUAGCAUCAGCCAGAUCCCUUCUUCAGUACACAAUCUCACACACCUUGUGGAGUUUUACCUGUACAGCAACAAGCUUACCACACUACCCCCAGAGAUAGGAUGUCUGGUCAACCUGCAAACACUUGGAUUGUCAGAAAACUCCCUGACCUCACUCCCUGACACCUUGGCCAACUUAGAGAAGUUGCGUGUGCUGGACCUCCGUCACAACAAGCUAUGCGAGAUCCCAGAUGUGGUUUACAAACUCACUUCUCUCAUCACGCUCUAUCUCAGGUUCAACAGGAUCAGGGUUGUUGGUGAAGAUAUCAGAAACCUUAAAAAUUUAAUAACCUUAUCAUUACGAGGAAACAAAAUUCGACAACUGCCAGCAGGCAUAGGCGAGCUGACAGGUUUGGCAACGCUGGACGUAGCCCACAAUCACUUGGAGCACCUGUCAGAAGAGAUUGGUAAUUGUAUGUGCCUGCAGACCCUUCACCUGCAACACAACGAGCUCCUUGACCUACCACAAAGCAUUGGCUAUCUGAGAAAUCUUACCUGCUUGGGUCUCAAGUAUAAUCGGUUGACAGCUGUUCCACGAUCACUAAGCAAGUGCAUACACCUUGACGAAUUCAAUGUUGAGGGCAACCAGAUCUCACAACUUCCUGAGGGCCUCUUGAGCUCCCUCUCCAACCUCUCUUCCCUUACUCUGUCACGCAAUGCCUUCAACUCUUACCCUGUAGGAGGCCCUUCCCAGUUCACCAAUGUGCACUCCAUUAACUUGGAGCACAAUCAGGUGGACAGGAAUCACAACGGCAUAUUCUCGAUCAGGGCACAUCACCAAGCUCAAAUGAAACUACAAAUGGGCUUCAAUCACUCCCACUUGAUAUUGGGUCUUGGCAGAACAUGGUGGAACUUAACUUGGGUACGAAUCAUUUGACAAAAGUUCCAGAUGAUAUAUCUUGUCUACAGAGCUUAGAAGUUCUUAUUUUGUCAAACAAUAAUCUCAGG